AUGACAUCUAACUUAGCAGAAGCAAUAAACUCUAUACUAAAGGCAACAAGAAACCUUCCCAUUACUGCAUUGGUCCAGUCUACAUACUAUCGAAUGAGUUCACUCUUUGGUAAACGGGGACACAAAUGGACCAAAAUGCUAUCUUCAGGCAAAGUUUUUGCAGAUGAUUGUAACAAGGGAAUGGCUGAGGAGGUAGCCAAGGCUAACACACACAACAUCAUGCAAUUUGAUCGCGAAAGAUUUUGUUUCAUGGUGCAGGAAAAGAUUAAUUACAACGAUGGUCGUCCAACGGGUACUUUCAGCGUUGACUUGAGGAAUCGUUUGUGUGACUGUGGAAAAUUUCAAACAUUUCACUUGCCUUGCUCCCACGUGAUAGCGGCAUGUUCUAGCAUACGACAAGACUACACAAUACACAUUCCAGAGGUCUUCACAGUACUUAACAUAUUCAAGGUCUACAAGGAAAGCUUCAUGGGACUACUGCACGAGGAGAACUGGCAAAAUAUGAAGGUUUCACUUUGUGCCACGACAAUUCAAUGA